CAUCGUCGGACACCCACCGACCACGUCAGACGCAAUAGCCUAUGUGACCUCGUCCGUGUGAUUACGGUUUAAGCUAUAACCAACCCAUCUCUGUCAGCGAGCUGUGUCGAACUGCGGAAUUAAAACCGCUUCAGCUAUGGAUGCUUCAGCCUUCGGCAAGUGCAGUUACAGUUAUGAGGACUACCGCGAGACGGCAGACUGGCUGCUGGCCAACACACAGCUACGCCCCAAGGUAGCCAUCAUCUGUGGCUCAGGCCUGGGGGGCCUGGCGGACCUGUUGGAGAACAGGAACGUAUUUUCUUAUACGGACAUCCCUCGCUUCCCCCACAGCACAGUGGAGGGCCACGCGGGCAAGCUGGUGUUUGGGGAGUUGGAGGGGCGCCAGUGUGUUUGCAUGCAGGGCCGCUUCCACUUCUAUGAGGGCUACAACAUCGCCACGGUGACAUAUCCAGUGCGUGUGUUCUUCCUGCUGGGGGUGGAGACUCUGAUAGUGACCAACGCUGCUGGAGGUCUGAACGCCAGCUUCAACGUGGGCGACAUCAUGCUGAUCAGAGACCACAUCAACAUGCCAGGCUUCGCUGGCCAGAACCCUCUCUGUGGUCACAACGAUGAGAGGUUUGGCGUUCGUUUCCCCUGCAUGUCUGAUGCGUACGACCGUGAGCUGGGCACCGUGGCCCGGAGGACAGCGGAGGAACAGGGUUGUGGCUCCUUCCUCAAGCAGGGCGUCUACUGCAUGCUGGCAGGGCCCACCUUCGAGACCAUCGCUGAGUGUCGCGCUCUGCAGGUCCUGGGGGCGGAUGCUGUGGGUAUGAGCACGGUACCCGAGGUGGUUGUGGCGCGUCACUGCGGCAUGCGCGUGCUGGGCUUCUCCCUCAUCACCAAUAAGGUGGUGACGGACUACGACAGCCAGCAGAAGGCCAACCACCAGGAGGUGCUGCAGACCACCGAGAUGAGGGCCAAGGACCUGCAGAGGCUGGUCAGACACAUGGUGGGCCAGUUAUAGACCUCGCUCACUGGACUGGACCGGAAUAUUUAAUGGUCUGAACUAGAUUAACGAAGCUGGACUGGACCAUGUCUGGCCAUGGCCCUUCAUACAGGCCGUAUUGAUCGCAUGUUUUAGCAGGGUUCAGAUAAAUGGGGCAUUGUGUAAUGGAUUAGUAGUUUUUGUGAUAACAGGGUAGAGUCAGGAUGAGGUACUACUCAGAUCAGGGUGCUGGAAGGAGAGGAGAGUGGCUAGUGAAAGACAGCUUUGUGGGCAUGCCUAGAGUAGCACACUGCAUGGAUUGGGCUAACAUUAACAUAACGAGGCUAGUUAGUACAAUACAUGCGGAAUAUGCCUUGGUGAGAGAAAAACUCCUUACCACAGAGAAGCUGAAUGUACCUCAGGGAGCAGGGAUAGAAUGUUUUACACAGGGACAUUCCGGUCUUACAUGCCUUAGUUCUGAUUAAGAAUUAUGGUUUAUUAUAAACAAUGGUGGCAUUGAUUUCAUAUUUUUAUAACUAUAUUUUAUUAAUAGCAUGUAUGAUGUCAAUCUUAUGAACCAACAGUAAAUAUAAGAUUAAUAUCUGAUUUAUGAGAGUUUAUCUAAAAUAUUUAAACGUCCUUGGGUUAUUUUAAUAUAUAUGUGUGUGAUGUAUGUUGAAGGGAUGUCAUGUGUUCACCUGUCACAAAGUUCACACAAUGUCUUCAGGAAGUGACUGUACCUGAAUGGAACAGAUGGGAGAGUUAUUAUUAUUGUCUGGGCUUUAACUUAAGGUGCUGUACAAACACAUCAUUCUCAGUCAAGGCUGUGGUUUCCUGUGUGUUAUGUAUACGUAAUUCUGAAAUAAAACCAUAAAUAACAUGUACAAUA